AUGGUGGUUGCCAAAGCAAGAUGUUUACACGGCCAAGACGAGAACAUUGAGGUUUGCGACUGCUUCGACGGUUACUGUGGUCAUCUGUGUGAGCGAAGGAUUCAGCCGAAAACUCUAAGCCUUGUCUUUUCGGCUCCUCGAGAGAACUCCAUGGAGCGCAAGGCAUAUCUCGAGAAAGAAUCCGAUGAGGAAGAUUAUAGUGAAGAAGAAGAAGAAUGGAGUUUUUGGUCGUCAGAUAAUAGCCACUGGAUCGCUUUCAUAUUGCUGCAUCUCGUGUUGGUUACCAUCGCUCUGACGGCAGUGACAGUUGCAGUGAUUUGCUACCUGCGUCGAAAGAAGUCAAACUAUCACGCUCUGAGCACGAAAGAGAAGAUUCAAUUGCUCUUACCGAAUGGGCUCGGAAACUUUGGCUGCUGA